AUGGGAAAGCACCCCGAAGUGUACGCCUACUUGAUGCGAGAUGGCUCCUGGAAGCCAUCUGCUGCAGCUGACUACUGGCGCAUACGUAGGCACAUAUUGGCUUGGGACGAGUGGACUGCAUACCAGGAGAUCCUUGACAGCACUUGCCAGCAGACCAAGAAGGUGGAUGAGAAGGUUACCAAGCUGCAAGACUCCGUGGGUGACCUCAAAGAUGCGCAAUCCGACCACGCCAAGAAGCAGGACGAGUGCCUCGCAGAGGUACAGAAAGUCUACGAAUACGUCCAAGCCGAGGCAAAGAAGAGAAAUGACGAGAAGCAAGCCAAGUGGCUCAAGCGGCAGCUAGCAGAGUCGUACGAGGCAGGGAAAAGUUCCGAGCAGGAAAAGGCAGCCUUGUCACAGAAGAAGCAGAAGGAUGAGGAUCAUGCAAGUGAGCUUCGCCAACUACGAGCUGAGUGGGAGGCCGAAAGGCAGGAGAAGCUGAAGAAGAAGACAUUCGAAUCGCAGCAGAAAGCCGAGAAGGAGGCAGUGGAACAAGCAGUACGCAACCACCGUCGGCUUGAAGAAGAUGACCAGGAAAGAUUCGACAAGCGCCAGAAGGCCGAGGAAGAGAGAAUCCGGCGGCUUGCAGAGAGCCUCUGGCAAGAGCGCCAUGGUUCGGAUCGCGAGCCAGCCUUUGACCGUGAGCGUAGACCUUAUUGGUACAGGCACGCACCUCACCGUCGAGCACCUGCAUUCCGCUAUGCUGAGCACGCAGAUACGGAGAGCAUGUCGCCGUGGAUGGAGGAGACGAUCGAGGAAGAGUUCCCAAUGUACCACCCGACUAGCCGGAGAGAACGACGCCGCACGAUGUUACGCGGCUCUGGGCCACGACCAGAUUACCCCUGGAACUAUUGA